AUGAAGCGCAUUGUAAUGCUAUUCUUCUUGUCCAUGCUGAGCCUGAACAUGGCUUUGCGUGGGGAUCGUCAUCGCGACGAGGGUCGUAUGGAAGAGCGUCGUCUGAGCGAUCCUCGUACGGGUAUACACACAUCUCCCUCCGAACUCAAAGACAGGAGAUCAUCUCGCGACGAUAGAGAUAGUCCGUUUGGCAGGGACCGUAUGAGAGAUGGCCGACGUAAAGAUAUGGAGUUUCCGAGAAUCAGUGGUAAACAAGGGGCCAGCAAACGCGAACGGUGGGUUUGCUAG